CCUUUUCACGUUUUAUCUGCUCCUUAGCUUGCAUAAGUACAGUGGGUGUAAACAUACCCUAUGAAAGGGAGCACUUACUUAGGUGGUCGGUAACUUUCAGAAUUACAAGCUGCAAUAGUCAAUAGUCUCGCGCAGUUGCUGAGACCAGCUAGUGGGUGGCUUUUGUUGUCAACUUCUGUAAAGGACGUCCUACAGUACUAGUUUUGUACACAGUGCAAAUUCACAUGUGUUAUUUUGUUUGCAUGACAAGCCACAAGUUUAGGUUCCUGUUUUCACCAAGAUCCAAAACCAAAUGUUUGAUGCUACCUUAAUACCACCUUAACUCACAGUGUAAUUAAACUGGCAAGACGUGAAAUCAUGAGGUAGCCAGCGUAGUUCAUGAUGCCAUUUAUCAUCAUCAAGACCACUACCAUGCUGUUUCACCUAGCAAGCAAGAGCUGCAGGCUUUUAAAGCCCUCUUGUUACUUGAGUUCUUUGGGCUGCAAACCAUCCAGUUCAAGGGACUGUCAUGAUGUAGUAGAUAUUGCUGUUGUUGGUGGUGGUAUUGUAGGUGCAGCAUCUGCUUUGGAAAUCAAGAAGAGGCAUCCAGGUCUUCAAGUACUGAUCCUGGAGAAGGAGUCUGAACUAGCAUUCCACCAGUCUGGACACAACAGUGGAGUACUCCAUGCUGGAAUUUACUACAAGCCAGGAUCUCUUAAGGCAAAACUUUGUGUGAAAGGCAUGCAAAUGGCAUAUGCCUACUGUGAUAAGAACAACAUUCCAUACAAAAAGGUUGGCAAGCUGAUUGUAGCUGUUAACCAGAGUGAGGUGGCAAGUCUGGAGGAUUUGUUCAUCCGAGGACAGCAAAAUGGUGUGCCUGACUUGAAAAUGGUGGAUGCUGAUGGCAUGCGAGAAAUUGAACCAUUUUGCAAGGGCGUGCGGGCCAUCUGGUCGCCACACACGGGAAUCGUGGACUGGGGCUUAGUGACACGGGAGUAUGGCAGCGACUUCCAGAGGCAUGGUGGCCAUGUGCGGCUCAAUGCAGAGGUUACCGGCUUCAGGGAGGCCGAGGCCGGCGCUGACCACCCGCUGCUGGUCGAGUGCAAGGGACAGAGCCCGGUGCGCGCGCGGUUCGUGCUGACCUGCGGCGGCCUGCACGCCGACCGACUGGCUGCGCUCUCCGGCUGCCCGGCCGAGCCGCGUGUCGUACCCUUCCGGGGAGAGUACCUGCUGCUGCGGCCCGAGAAGGCGCAUCUCGUGCGUGGCAAUAUCUACCCGGUGCCGAACCCGCGCUUCCCGUUCCUGGGUGUGCACUUCACGCCUCGCAUGGACGGCGCCAUCUGGCUCGGCCCCAACGCCGUGCUGGCUGCCAAGCGCGAGGGCUACCGGUGGGCUGACGUAUCGUUCCGGGACCUUGCCGAGUCUCUGCGGUACCGGGGAUUCCGCAAGAUCGCACUUAGGAACCUGGGCUAUGGCACAGGAGAGAUCAUGCGCUCUAUUUUCAUCCGGCUCCAGCUAGCCAGGCUCCGGCAGUACGUGCCUGAUAUCACUGCUGCCGACAUCACUAGGGGUCCGGCCGGGGUACGCGCGCAGGCGCUGGACGCCGACGGCAACUUGGUGGACGACUUUGUGUUCGACAGCGGCGAGACGGGUGUGUGGCGCCGCCUGCUGCACGUGCGCAACGCGCCCUCGCCGGCGGCCACCUCCUCCCUGGCCAUCGCCGAGCUGAUCGCCGACCGCGCGCAGCAGCAGUUCCAGCUGAGCUGAGCUGAGGGUGACAGCAGCUCCAGCUGAGCUAGGCUGAGCGCCGGCUUCAGCUGGCAUGGGCUCGGCUCAACAGCAGAGUCUGUCGAGCCGGGUUGAGCUCAGCAGCAAUGCCAGCGUAGCUGCGCCCAGCCGGGAGAACCCGGCUGUUAUGCUGUGUUCAGCAACGGUCCCAGCUGGGUGGGGUUAACUGAGGAUUACAGAUAGUCUGGGCCGCUGAACAGCAGUGUCAGCUGAGAUGUGCGGAGCUCGGCAGCUUGGGUACAUGAACCUGCCAGAUGUCAGCUCAGCAUAGUGUCACUGCAGGAAUUAGCUACAUGAGAUGAUUUAGGUGGGAUUUGCGGUAAGCUGAAUUCAGCUGCAGACCUGAAUGGGCUUGUUAGCAGCUACAGCUAGAUGGUUUAGCGGAGAUUAACCACUCAGCGUUGUGCCUAACACGCAUAGCAUUGGUAGCGUGUGCAGCGGUGGGGUGAGCUGGGCGAAAGUAGACGGUACUCUAGGCUACAUUUAAUGUGAUAUCCGGUGUCGGAUACAACGGUGAUGAAAGGUCCGGCCCGAUGGAUCAGUUGGUUAAAGCGUCUACCCUUCGAUCCACUCAACCGUGGCGGUAUGGGUCCAGGUCGCUUUGGGCACACGCUAUAUGUCCCUGACAGGUAGGGCCUGCGGCCGGUGGCAGCGGCCGCGCCAAUGGUCAUUUGACGUCAGAGGACAGGACGGACCGUGCCGGGCGUUGCCAGGGUAAUAGAUACCGGGCAUUCCGGCACGUUAAACUUUCGCAGCCAGGUUGCGCUGAUUUGGAAUUGAGCUAGCAAAUGGUAGGGGUCGGGGCCGGGUCAAUCACCACUUAAUGAGCUGUGAUCCCAGCAAUCCAGCCAUUCGAAAGGUUCCGAUUAAAUCUUGAAAAAUGAGGCCGGAGUGUCCCUGUUAUUCCGGCCAGAUGGCAGUGAAAAUAGUGUGCUUGCCGCUGCGCAGGUUGAUCACAUUGAGCCAAACCGCAAGCAUUCUGUCUUGUAAGUCGUUUACCACGGACACGAUUACGUGUACAGCCUUUUACAAACUUCAUGACUUUUAGGAUAGACAUGGUGGUCAUGUGCUCUCGACAUAAGGAGCAGAGAAUACAGGGUUGCAAAUCAAAGUAACUCUCAUAUCCUCAAUACUCUGGGAGUAUUCAGGUAGAAAGGAUUACUACCGCCAGUUGAUACAUAUGUAUUUCGCUGAUUGUUACCUGGUACCAGCAUUGCCUGCGUUCUAUUUAGAGCGGCAGGAGGGGGUACGGAGGGCCAGUUGCGGCGUUUUUUUUUCUUUUUUAGUACAUUGUGCGACUGAACCUGGUUGCAUCUUGUCUCCCAAAUACGCUACGGAACAUGGUAGAAUUCGCCGUCGUGAAUAUUUUCUCAUGACGUGGUUGGUGGUAGGCAUGACCGUCCAGUCUUCAUACUGGGUCGGGUUUGUUAUGCUACUUUGUUGCGAGAACGGUCUACGUCAGGCGUCGUGCUCGCCGAAGUUGCAAUACACCAGAGGCACUGAU